UUUCAUAUCUUUCAUUUUUUCUUUUGUAUAUUCUUUUAUCCAGUGACUGGCUAGCUUCUCAGGAUCAUGGCUGCUUGCAAAAGCCAGCAGACAUACUUAGUUGAAUGCUGACAUUCUUCGCUCUAAUUUAAAGUCCAAAGUUCAGAUACUGCAGGUGUUCAGUUGUAUGUCGACACAGCAACUUAAGUCCCAUCCUGCACGAAGCCUGGCUGGAACACAGUUAAGACUUGAGGUGCCUGGCAUUGCCCUUUCAGCUGGGAGAACUGAGCACAACUUAUUUCACCAGCUGAGCUGCAGGAUUCAUCACAUGAGCACCAUGGGGCCAACUGCCUGUGCCCAGGAGCCGGCACAUGCUGUGCAGGUGUGCCCUGGGCUGGGGGCUGGUGUGGUGCGAGCAGGAGGGAGCGACCUACCCUGGUGUUGGAGACUGCUCUGAGCUUGGCCAGCAAAGGCAUGCAUAACCUCUCCCAUCCUACUUUCACCACCCGAUGUAUUAACCAUCCUGCUGUUCUGCUCCAAUGUUUACCAGGUUACUGAAAGUUUUGAAUUUGGACUCCCCUGGACGGAGGCACAAAUGCAGCAGUGAAGACAGAUGAGACAAUAACAAUGCUGAGAGUUUUGCCAAGCACUGCUACUGGAAUUUACUUCACUCUUCAAUCGGGUUGAAUCUAAAGGAUGAGAAGCCAAAUGACAAGCCAGGCCUAAGCUGAGCGUUGCUUAAGGCUGACAAGCAAUUUGCAAAGCCAACCUCUGGGAGCUCUCCAAGAAAGGAUCAAAACAUUGCAGUGUGAUUGCAUCCACUGCUGCCAGAAUCUGCAGACUAAAAGACUUGAUAUUUGAUCUAAAAAUGUUUAACUCUUCUGACACGGUCUUUUCAUUGGAUAAUUUAUUUUAUGAAAAACCAGAUGCAAAAAAAAGAGAGAGAGAUCUAGAAAAAGAAGAGUCAAACCUUUGGUAUAUUGCACCUGCUCCAGUUAUUGGUGAAAUUCCAGCAGCAGAAGAGUUACAGAGGGAACUGAAAAAAAAUGAGUUGCAGAGGAAGCUGGAAAAAAACACAGCCAGCAAUCAUAUGGGAGGGAUAAAGCACCAGAAGUUUAUACAACAAUGCAAGAGUAACACUGAGGAUGUAAAUGAUAAAUCUCCAGCAUCUGUUCAUUUUGGCAUAGUCUCUGAAAAAGAAAUGCUCCAACUAAGUGUAGGAGAAAGAGAGAAAAUAAAUUUUCAGCAUGAAAGUCUAGAAAUGGUUUCAUUGUUUCUCUCUCCUGACCAAGAUAAGUAUAAAAGAGGAACGGGGAUUUGUCAGCAACCUGAUGCAAAUUUUUCACAGAGUAAAAUCUUAAUUAAUAUUCCAGAAAAUGGUGAUGAUGAGAGUGCCCAUUCCACAUUAAGAAAAAGGAACAACAGGAAGAAAUUUGGAAAUGUUGAGGGCUGUUACAGAAAUACCGACCCAAUUUAGAAGUAUCUUUAAGGAGUUUCCAUAUUUUAACUAUGCACAGUCUAAAGCUUUGGAUGACCUUCUUUACACAGAUAGAAAUUUUGUGAUUUGUGCUCCAACUGGCUCUGGAAAAACUGUGAUGUUUGAACUAGCUAUUACCAGAUUACUUAUGGAAGCCCCAAUGCCUUGGUUAAAUAUUAAAAUUGUUUACAUGGCUCCAAUAAAAGCUCUAUGCAGUCAGCGUUAUCAUGACUGGAAAGAAAAAUUUGGACCUAUAGGACUCAACUGUAAGGAACUGACGGGAGAUACAGUGAUGGAUGAUUUAUUUGAAAUACAUCGUGCUCACAUUAUUAUCACUACACCUGAAAAAUGGGAUAGCAUGACUAGAAGGUGGAGAGACAACUCUAUAGUUCAGCUUGUACGACUGUUUCUCAUUGAUGAGGUGCAUGUUAUAAAGGAUGAAAGCCGUGGUGCAACAUUAGAAGUUGUAGUCAGUCGGAUGAGGACUAUUCAGUCUUCUCUUUGGCGUCUUUCAGAGAAUCAUGACGUUGUUCCUCCCUUGAGAUUUGUAGCUGUUUCAGCAACAAUCCCAAAUGCUGAAGAUAUUGCAGAAUGGCUUUCAGAUGGUAAUAUGCCUGCUGUAUGUCUGAAAAUAGAUGAGGAUCAGCGACCAGUGAAGCUACGCAAAAUUGUUCUUGGUUUUCCUUGCAGUGAUAAUCAAACAGAAUUCAAAUUUGACUUAACUCUUAACUACAAGAUAGCGAGUGUUAUACAAACAUACUCUGAACAAAAACCAGCACUUGUGUUUUGUGCCACAAGAAAAGGAGUACAGCAGGCCGCUUCUGUUCUUUCAAAAGAUGCCAAAUUUCUAUUAAGUGUAGAACAGAAACAAAGAUUACAGAGGUCUGCAAAUUCAUUGAAAGAUUCUAAGCUCAGAGAUCUUUUAAUGUAUGGUGUGGCUUAUCAUCAUGCGGGUAUGGAGGUGUGUGACAGAAAAAUAAUUGAAGGAGCUUUUACUGAUGGAGAUUUACCAGUACUUUUUACUACUAGCACGUUAGCUAUGGGAGUCAAUCUACCUGCACACCUGGUGGUUAUAAAAUCCACAAUGCACUAUGUUGGAGGGAUGUUUGAAGAGUACAGUGAAACUGAUAUUCUGCAAAUGAUUGGGAGAGCAGGAAGACCUCAAUUUGACACUACAGCAACAGCAGUCAUUAUGACUCGUUGGAGUACAAGGGAGAAGUAUAUACAGAUGUUAAAUGGUGCAGAUAUAAUAGAGAGCAGCUUGCACAGGCAUCUUGUUGAGCACUUAAAUGCAGAAAUAGUGCUGCAUACUGUCACAGAUGUCACUGUAGCUUUGGAAUGGAUACGAUCAACCUUCUUGUACAUUAGAGCUUUAAAAAAUCCAACUCAUUACGGUUUUUCAUCUGGAUUGGAUAAAAUUGGAAUUGAAGCAAAAUUACAGGAACUGUGUUUGAAGAACUUGAACGAUUUGUCUUCUUUCAAUUUGGUCAGGAUGGAUAAAGAAAAUAGUUUCAAACCAACAGAGACUGGAAGAUUAAUGGCAUGGUAUUAUAUUGCAUUUGAAACAGUGAAACAGUUUUUCACAAUUAAGGGAACAGAGACUUUAAAUGAAUUGGUUACAAUGAUCUCCAACUGCGCAGAAUUUCUGGAUGUCAAGUUAAGAAUAAAUGAAAAGAAAAUACUGAACACUUUGAAUAAAGACAAGGACAAAAUAACCAUCAGGUUUCCAUUGGAGGGAAAGAUUAAAACAAGAGAAAUGAAAAUAAACUGUCUUAUUCAGGCUCAGCUAGGAUGCAUUCCUCUUCAAGACUUUACUUUGACACAAGAUACUGGCAAAAUAUUUAGAAAUGGCAUAAGAAUUACUAGAUGGUUGUCUGACUUUCUGGCAUCAAGUAAAACCAAUUUUUCGGCAUUAUUAAACUCCGUGAUUUUAGCUAAGUGUUUCAGGUGCAAACUUUGGGAAAAUUCACUUCAUGUGUCUAAACAAUUGGAAAAAAUUGAUUUGUUUUACUGUUCGUAUGGAAUUAUGCAUGGUGUAUCAUUGUCAAAUGCUAUGGUAAAUGCUGGGCUGACAACAUUUAAAAAAAUAGAAGAGACAAAUGCAAGGGAACUUGAAUUGAUUUUAAACAGACAUCCUCCUUUUGGAAACCAGAUAAAAGAAUCUGUUUUGCAUCUUCCAAAAUACGAACUUGACAUUGAACAGCUUCCAAAAUACAGUGAUACACUGGCUGAAAUCUUAGUAACCAUCAAAUUAACAAACUUUGAGCAGCUACAGAGAAAGAGAACAGCACCAGAUUUUCACUAUCUUACAUUGAUCAUAGGAGAUGCUGACAAUCAAGUAAUUUUUAUUCAGAAAAUAAUGGAUUCAGUGUUGCUAAAAACUGGAAAUUGGAUGAAGAAAAUUGAAGUGAGAAGAGCUCUUAAAUCAGAGGACAUUAGUAUAAAUUUAAUUAGUUCUGAUUAUGUUGGCCUUGACAUACAGCAAGCAUUUACAGCCUUUUACUUAAUGCCAAGAACAGUUGGAGGUAAAGUAGUUACAAAUAAAAAAUUGAAAGCUGAGUCUCCACUUGGUAUGUAUUACGGCUCACCGCAAAGUCCGCCAGCAGCAGAAGUAGAUACAGGAAGCAGAUCUAAAGAAGAGCAUACCUACAAGAAAUAUGGGAACAGAGAGUGCAACCAUCGCUGUAAAAAUAAAGAUGUAUGUGGACAUGACUGCUGUAAAACUGGAGUACCUCCAAAGUCUGAGAUGAAUGGAGAUUCUAAGUUUACUUUGUACUUAGCUGAUUUAAGGAGCAGGAACUCAACUUCAUCUGUACCCCCAGUAAAGCGAUUAAAGAUGCAGAUGUUAAAUCAAGCUCAGAAUGUGGAUCUCAAACAUUUUGGUUUUGCAUCCAAAUCCUUGAUGCCAGCGUUGUCAAGGUCUGGCAAUAAACAGUUGUCUUCGUCACCUCCAGUGGACCUGGUAGAUAAUGUUAAUAGCCUAGGAAUAUCUCAGAAACAACUGCAAUCCUGGAAUUACGGAAAGAGUAGUGCUUCAGAUGUGAACUCUGAACUGAGAGAGGACAUUUGGAAUGAUCUUGAUGAUGAAAUAUUAGUAUAUGCUAGUGACUUUUCCAGUGGAGAAUUAGACCAUGGAAAUACCUGCCUUCACAUUCCAGAUGAGCAUGAAACACGUUGCAAGUAUGCAACAAGCAAAGCUACAAGUGACAUUUCAAAAGGUUCUUGCACAUUACAAGGUGAGACCAGUAGUCAGAACCCGUUCUUUUCUGUGCUUAAUAGCUCAUCAAAAGUGGAAUUACCUGUACAGAGUGGAUAUAUAAAUACGCUGAGUUUUCAAGAAGAAAAGCAUUCAAAUCCUUCACAAGAGCUGAAAAAUAUACAGUGUUCUUCAAUCUCAAAAGCAAUCUCAGACUCUUUUAAAUUCACUAGGAAAGAAGAUUUUUUUUUCACAAAAGAACAGGAAGAAGAAAUAGAGCCCAGAUAUCUUCUGGAUGUGGAUGAUGAAAUCAGUGAUGUCAAGCCUUUACUUGGACUAUUUGAUGAUAUACUGUAAAACUGUAUAAAAAACUAAAAACUGAUGAUAUACUGUAAAAAUAUAUUGUAAGUGCUGAAAAAAAUGUUAUCCAUUAUUCCAGAAUGAAGCCUUUGAAUGCUGUUAAGAGAAUUUAUUUUCUGUUGUGUUAACUAUUUACCAAUAGUGGGAUUGCUGCAUAGAGUAGAUAGUUGUGUUUUGUUUUGUUUAUUUAAAAAAAAAAAAAAGUUGAUAUAUAAUUAAUGGAAUUCUGGGUAUGUUAUCUCGUUUUGAAAUUGCUUACAUCUUUGUUGACCUUGUUGUUUUCAGGAUUGCAAAGAAAAAUAUAGAAACGAGUCAAAAGAGUUCUCAGGCUGAGGGUGUUUCUACAGACAAAGUAAAAAUCACAUAAGAGACAGUAAGCUGUCUAUUAUGUUUCCUACUUCUAAGUACUGUUUAAAUGAACGAAAGAUUCUUUUCCUCAAAAAUUUCUUAAAGCUUUUUGGUUAUGUCUGUCAGUUUUUCUAAUGCUGAUUUUUACAUAAUAAUAAUUCUGUAAAAUAAUUAGAUUUAAAACCAAGUAAGUUCUAGUAGAAUGGUCAGUUAUUCUAGACUAUAUUCCUUCUGACAGUGCUGUCAACUGGUUGAUAAAAAAAGUGCAACUUCCUUCAUGCAAAUGUGUUCCCAGGAUCUCAGUAAAACAAUUGUUUAAUGUCUAUAAACAAUAUUCUAAAGUUGUGUUUAGCUGUUCACUUUAAUACUUGAGGUCAAAAAAUGUACAUGUAUGCACCCCUGUACAAACUUAGACAACCAAGUAUUGGAUUUAGCAAUCUUCUUACAGCUGUAGUGUUUGAACAGUAGACCUUACAAGUUCAAUGGAUAGAAAAAUAUAUAAUAUUACCUAAAAUCCAUAAGAAGAUAAUAUUAAAUUUCACUUGUUAAUUAUUAAAACUGUGUAGAAUUGAAAUGUUAAAAUCACACAUGGCAACCUAGCUGUUUGUUCUUGCAACAUUGUUUGAGGUGCAACCAAAUACAACUGUUUUGCUAUACUA